UGUGAAAUGUUUAGCUCCACCUGCAGGUCAAAAGGGCAGAAGUAAGUUCAGAGAGAGGACUUAAAUAAUCUCCUCUUUGACUGCAUCUGCAGCCAAGAGCUUUUCACAGUUGCUUGAUUUGUCAGGAAACUGCUUCAGCCUACAUUUCUGGGGGAAAGAUGUUCAGUGCUGCUGUCUAAAUUGGCUUGUCCACUCAAGAGCCAAGGCCUCCCCUGAAUACGAUGAGGAGGCUUCAUGAGGGCUUGCUCCUUCUGUUGUCCAUGUGUGGAAUCACCUCAGCUCUGACGUGUACUGAAGUGCCAGGAACACUGACACAGAUAGAUGCCAGCAAUGGACAGGUCUUUGGUGUGAACAACAGUACAGGAGGUAUUUAUACCUUGUAUGGAAACACAUGGACCCAGUUACCAGGCGCAUUGUCCCACGUCACAGUCGGUCUUUAUGGCAUCUGGGGUGUGAAGUCGGAUCACAGCAUCUAUAGACUGGUAGAUGGCAACUGGAGGCAGAUGUCAGGUGUAAAGUCCUCAAGUUAUCAUCAAGAUAGGCUGAAACAAAUUGAUGCAGGUGGCAGUCACUCUGUCGUUGGAGUCACCACAUAUAAUGACGUCUAUUGCCUGGAGAAGUCAUUAGCCAUUGCUGCUGAUGGCAACUCAUUACUGACCUGGAUCUCCUUUGAAGGAAAAUACAAAUACUACUCCUGUGGGCCACUGGGUUGUUGGGGAGUUAAAUCAGAUGACAAGGUCUUUUUCCAGGAGUAUUCCACCUCAUAUUCCUCCUGUGGUAUAUCACGUUCGCAUAUCAAGGUACCUGGUGCACUUUCCAUGAUUGAAGUUGGGACGGAAGGAGAUGUGUAUGGAGUGAACAGGGAUGGAUAUAUUUAUCGCAGGGCUGGAAUCACUGCUGCCAAUCCCACUGGAACCGCAUGGGUACAUCUGAGCAAUGACCUUGGACGGAUCAAACACGUAUCCUAUGACCUGGGCCUGCUGUGGGUUUUGACUACAGAAGGAAAGAUUUUUAACUGCAAAGUUUCAGCUUUGGAUUGUGAACAGGUGCCCAGAGCAUUGACACAAAUCGAUGCCAGCAAUGGACAGCCCUUUGGUGUGGACAGUGCAGGCAAUAUUUAUACGGAGUAUGGAAACACAUGGACUCUGUUGUCAGGGGCAAUGACCCAUGUCACAACCGGUCCUUCUGGCAUCUGGGGUGUGAACUCAAACCAUGCCAUCUACAAGUUUAUAGGAGGCAACUGGACACUGGUUUCAGGUUUGCUCAAACAAAUUGAUGCAGGUGGAAGCCAGUUCAUCGUUGGAGUCAACAUGAAUGAUGACAUCUAUUGCCUACCCAAGUCAUCAGCCAUUGUUGCUGAUAGUGGCUUAACACUGCCCUGGAUCCACAUUGAAGGAAAACUCAAAUACUACUCCUGUGGGCCACUGGGUUGUUGGGGAGUUAACUCAGCUGACGCCAUCUAUUACCGGCAUGGUGUCACCCCAGAUUCCUGUGCCGGAUCCAGGUGGCAGAAUGUGCCUGGUGCAUUUUCCAUGAUUGAAGUUGGGACAGAAGGAGACGUGUUUGGAGUGAACAGCAAUGGAAAUAUUUUUCGCAGGAAAGGAAUCACCAAAAGCAAUCCCAUCGGAACUUAUUGGGCACAAGUAGAAAAAAAGCUUGGAAAGGCCAAACACGUGUCCUAUGACCUGGACCAGCUAUGGGUUGUCACUUACGAAGGGAACGUCUUCAAAUGCAAAGUGUGAACGUUGCUGUCUGUUCAAUGUUAUUGGUUACACAACAGGAAGAUGUGUUGAGAAUGAUAUCAAGAAUUUAAAAUAGCAGCAAAGAGAUUCUGCCAAUAUUUUCUCUCACUCUUCCCUCUUUCGCUAAAACUGUCCCCUUCCCUGCUUUUUAAUAUGGAGUUUUAAACUAAUUUUAAAUUAAUUAUCUUGAUUCUUUGGUGAUGAAAAUUUAUCUUCCUUCAUAUCUGAAAAGAUGUUAAUUUUUAAGGAGCAAGCCCAGGUUUGUUUCAAAUGUACCCCACUCUACUGGUGAUGAAGCAACUGGCACUUCUGAAUGCCACUUUUAUGACAACUGCA